AUGACGAAACAGAUGUGGAAGACGGUCGGCCCUUACCUGCUUCCUGAUGUGGUCACCGGAGGUGUGGCCACCCUGAAGGGCUCUUUUCUGGCCUUAUCCCAAGCCUCAGCCCCCUCACUAUGCUACUUUGUGAGUGGUGUGGGCUUUCUGGCCCUCUAGUGCCUGCUGCUUCUACUCUUCUGGGUCUACAGCAGCUGCCUCGAGGACCUCCAAAGAGGUCCCGUAGGGCUCCGGAUUGCACUGGCUACUUCACCCUUAGCCACCUUCUUGGUCUUACUGUCUGCCUGCAUCCUUUCUCUGUGCAAGUCUGUCAUCUUGAACAGAACCAUUAGCUGCCCUGAAGCCCAGAAAAUUUCAUGGACACACCCUGGAACUGCUCUGCAGUUUUAUUCCAGCCUACACAAUGCUGAAGUGAGACCUAGUCAGUGUCUGUAGCUGUAAGGGCACUCACCAGUGCAGUAGUGGCUUGGCCUACCAGGGACAGGCUGAGGAGUGGAGGGGCCGUCUGCCGAACUGGGGUGGGCGGAAGGAAGGACUGCAUCUGAGGUGGUCCUAGUCCACACUCCUGCGCUGUCUCCCACAGGGCGAAUCUGGUAUUGUGGUGUUCGGUCUUGGUGUU